UUUCUUGACCCUGUCAAAAUUGCCAUCCACCUGGGCGAUGUACUCCAAGGCCGCUAUCAUGUCUUCCGGAAGCUGGGCACUGGCGGCCAGUGCACUGUCUGGCUAGCAAGGGACAAAUGCGUGGAAGAACGCCGUUAUGUCGCCCUCAAGGUCUUUUCCACCCAAGACAGGAAGUUGGAUCAGGUCUCAGUCGAACAGACUCUUGCCUCUCGUCUCGGUGGCCAAGAAGAAAGCCACCCUGGCAGGAAUCACGUCGAGGUGGCCCUCGACCACUUUGAAAUCCAGGAUCCCAAUACAGAAACCCACUUGGUCAAAGUCCUCGAGCCUCUGGGCCGAAACCUCGCUGUAAUUAUCGAGGACGCCGCAGACCGGCGCGCAGAGCUCAACGACGCCGACGGUUGGCUCGGCAAGGCGGUGGAAGGUGAUGGCUGGUCUAUCGAAUUCGCAAAAAGGGCUUGCUACCAGGUACUACUCGGGCUGGAUUAUCUUCACGCUCGACAGGUGGCACACCGGGAUGUUCGGCCUGGAAAUAUCUGCGUAAGCCUGAGAAUGAAUAUGCCUAAACUAAGCGAGAAUGAUAUUCAAGAGCAGGUAUGGCAGGAUGAAGAGCCUGAUGAGGACAAGUCAGCCAGUGGAGAAGGAGACGCCGGUAAUGACGCAUUUUGGGAAGAAGGCUCGGAAUGGAAUUCGGGAUGGGACUCAGAAGAUCCCAGGCCCAUCUCGCCAAGAACCUCAAUGAUAAUGGAAAACGCCAAACUAUGCAGACAACUCACCGAAGAACAGUGGGCAGAGCACCGAGCGGAUCCUGGAGAUGCAUCGGCCGAGCCUCACACGCCCGCUUGGAACAAGGCGAACUUUGUCAAGUCAACCGACUGGAUCGAGCUUUUGCACCGCUCCGACAGGCAGCCGACCAAGGAUGGGGAGAUCCGGUACACGGUUGCCGGGGCACCUCUUAUUGACGAUGGUGACAACCCUAGUAUCAUUUGUGAUGGAAAUGCCACAAACAACCCGCCACCCUCUCGGAUGGUCCUCGUUGACUUGGGGUUCGCGUGCCCGUUUUCCGAGUGCGAGAAUCGGAAGCUGGUAAACCCUCUUGCCUUCACGCCACCCGAGGGCCUACUGCCCGGCAAAGACGGCCUAGGAGUGCCGUGCUCGCAUCAUGGGGACGUCUUCUCCCUGGGUCUGCUGUUCUGGAACGCCGUUAUGCUGCGACAGCUCACCGAGCCGACGUUCUCGUUUCCCGACGACGACGCCAACAAAACAAAAGCCAAAAGCCAGCUGAUGCGGGACCUGGCUCAACGGGUCGGUCCGUUCCCCGCAGAGCUGCGUCAGUUCUGGCCUAAUGCGGACAGGUUUGUCGAUGUCGAGGGCAGAGCGGUCGAUAAUUUUAUGGAUAUAUACGGCGAAGAAGUCCAGCCCGGGGACUUUGAGUACGGUGAUAUUUGGUAUCAAGGGAGGCAGAGAAAGCCCAUGGACAUGUCGGAUGAUGAGCUGGAGAUUUUUGUUGGGCUGGUGCUGUCGAUGCUGCGGUGGAAGGCUGCCGAGCGGCCUUCCACAGCCGAGUUGCUGGAACACGAAUGGUUCAAAGAGCUACGCGAAGAGUGA